AACAUCAAGCCAGAUGUAUGUGUUUACACUGAUGCAACAUCUCAUGGCUGCAAUAUUUCCAAAUUCGAAGUCACCAUCAAAUUCAAAUGGAAGGAUGCUAAUGACGCAUUCAUCAAAUAUCCCAAAGUUGAUAAAUCUUUUGUAUCUCAGACCGACAAAGGUUUUGAUACAUUAGGUCAAAUAACAAGCUAUGCUUCUGCUCAGCUCUCUGCUCAAUAUUGUACCCAUGCCUUCUCCAUCCUCAUCAUCCAUAAUUGUGCUCGCAUCAUCAGAUGGGAUAGGGAGGGAGCUAUCAUCACAGAUGCCUUCAAUUACAACCAGGAGUCACACUUGGCCAAUUUCUUCUAUCAUUUAGGACAAGCAUCGCCUGUGCUACAUGGUGUUGAUACUUCUGUAACGCCCACU